AUGACCGCACCACGCUCUUCCUUUGCCAAUAAGCCUCUUCUUACCGGGGAGGAGUAUGGCGACUGCAGGAGCCUGCUGUGUGCCCUCCUAUCCCUACCUAUCCCCGAACGUCAGAAUCGGCGUUCGAUCAUCCUCAGUCGGUCCCUGAUGGAAACUCAGUCACAAGGUGACAGAGAAGACGAUGCCGUUGGCCUCGCAGGUUUCCUCCUGAGGUGGGAAGAGCUCCAAGUGAUUACGCUGCCCAUGCCGCGCGACAUGAACGCAAUCGGUGACACCACAGCCGAGUACGACGACUGGUCUUGGACUCUCCACCGCAUUCUGCUCAGAGCCUUUGGCAGAGGCCACUUCCGUGAGAUCCGUCUCUGGCACCCAGGCCUCACAAGUGACUUCUCGACCGUCUUCCUCUUUCACAACAUUGCAGAAUACGUGGAGGAAUGGGUUUUGCCUCUGGAGGCGCGUCGGCAGCUCAAAGUUCGCAGGGCCCAGUACUAUCACAGCCAAUAUGCGGAGCAGCAGGACAACCAGCCUCGCGACUCUGCAAGCGCAGUUAAUGCCGUCUGUGAACGCGUUUGGGCGCAGAAGGGCAUCCUGAUUCGACGCGAGGUCGAGAGCCAGGGCACAACACUUGUCAUGCGCUGGCGGUACGAUUGGAUGCGAGAGCGACGCCAGGACCUGACCCCGGAAGAAUUGAAGCGCCCCAUACUCUGGACGGAUUGGACCACUCAGCCGGCUCCAUUUCUGCGCGAAUUGAAACAUUGCCGUGUGCUUUGUUGCACCGAGCACGGAAACUGUUUCGCAAGAGACGGACUCAAAUACCAUCUAAUCCACCAGCAUGGAGCCACGGAGGAAGAGACGCUCAAGGCGCUCAGCAUGUACCCGGCAGAGAUCCUCGCAGAUACCUGGAAUGAGAUUGUUCAACCGCGCGAUGGGGAAAAGCAAAUCCUUGCUCUCCCGGUAAUCCAAGGAUAUUCCUGCCCGUGUGGUUAUCGAACGGCCACAAAGGAAGGCUUCGUGCAACAUGGCCAGGAGACCAACCACUUCACGCACCCCAAUCGUGCCGCAUCACUGUUUCAGACCCUUUCCAGUUCCCCAGGACAGGUUAAAUACUUUGUGGUUCGUAUGCGUGACGAUUUUGUCUUUCCAUUGGCGGGAAGUUAUGGCCUCUCUGUCUGA